AUGACUCUCGUAGGAACAAGAGGUCCUUCUUGCUGUGCGUCAACUUGGAAGCGACUACCGCCUUUGGGGGCACCAGCCCUCGGCCAUAUCGAGGGACAUUUAUGGGACCUAAAUCUUCAUCGCAACUCGGCACAAAAGUUUGACCAAUCUGUCGUCAUUAAUGAUGUUGAUUUGGUGCUUUUAUUGGAAGCCACCAGAAACAGACGCUGCCAAGAACCUCGGGACCGAAUCUAUGGACUGCUAGGGCUGGUUGAUAACUGGCGCUUCACCGAGCCAAUCACACCUGACUAUUCUCUAGGCAUUGAGGAGCUGUACAUAACAGCUACAUGGAAAGCAAUGAGAGAAACGCAGACAACUUUGCUUCUUGCGCAUAACAAGCCAAGCAAGAAAUUAAAUCUGCCAUCUUGGGUACCCGACUGGUCACGAAAGUUAACAAUGGCUGAGAGAGCGUCGAUACCACUGACGCGGUCUUCGAUGAGUUAUCCCGGGCGCCAAGCCUUUGAGCUGUUAUCGAACAACCGACUACGCCUAAAUAUGGUAUUUGUUGGUAGUGUUCAAAAGACACUAGAUAUCUCCGACUUUGGUGUUGAGAAGACCACAGACACUCCGCUGGCCUGCGACGCCAUCAUUGGAGCAAUACGUACCUGUCGGGAAAUGGUUGGCUUGCCUACCGACCAUGAGUCAACGGAAGAGCCGGGCAAGUCUAGAGAUAAGUUGUUCAGAGAGCGAAUCUUGACGGACUGCUAUUUUUAUGAGACGAAAGGAUAUCAGCAGUGGAAGAAGAACAAAUGCUUCGAGCCGGGCGAGCAGCCAACCGACACGUUUCAUGGAGGCCACGCUCACUCUUUCUUCACCCUGUCAGACGGUAGUUUCAGCCUUGCCAAUUUCGAAUGCUCUACAGAAGAUGCGAUAUUCGCUACAGUUGGUAACAUGUCUGUUUAUCUCGUCCUUCGUCCGUACAAAACAACUCAAAUGGGGUCCGAUGUGGAACAAUGGGAAUUAAGAGGGCCCUGCGAGCUCUGGAACUUCAAUAGAGACGCCGACAAACAGUCUCUGCAGGGAGAUAUCUGCUCGGUUGUAUUAGUGUAG